CCUAGGCGUCGCACGGCGGAAAAGGCCGCUGGCGGUCGCUCUGGCCCGCUGGAGGACUUGUCAUCGGUGGCUGGUGGCGUGAGGCGGCCGUGAGCGGUUCUGACGUGGGAAGGGAGCGAUUCAGGAGCGUCGCCUCAGCUGCUCCAGGGCUCGUCAUCGGUGCCCCGCGUGAGGCAGUGGAGCCGUUCCUGUGCAUCGGCUCUGCUGCUUUGGCUCCGGAGUGUUUUGGCAGUGGCGCGGCGGGAGGUGUGGAGACCCAUGGAGAGGUUUAAUGCAUUCAAAAGGACUAAUAUCAUACUGCAACAUUUGAGAAUGUCCAAGCACACAGAUGUAGCAGGAGACGUACUGUUGGAACGAAAAGGUUGUGCAGGAGUGAUAACACUGAACAGGCCAAAGUUCCUAAAUGCACUGAGUCUUAAUAUGAUUCGGCAGAUUUAUCCACAGCUAAAGAGGUGGGAACAAGAUCCUGAAACUUUCCUGAUCAUUAUAAAGGGAGCUGGAGGAAAGGCUUUCUGUGCUGGGGGUGAUGUCAGAGCAAUCUCAGAAGCUAAAAAGGCAAAACAGAUGUCUCAAGAUUUUUUCAGAGAAGAAUACAUGCUGAACAAUGCCGUUGAUUCUUGCCAGAAACCUUAUGUUGCCCUUAUUCAUGGAAUUACAAUGGGUGGGGGAGUUGGUCUCUCAGUUCAUGGGCAAUUCCGAGUGGCUUCAGAAAAGUCUCUUUUUGCAAUGCCAGAAACAGCAAUAGGAUUAUUUCCUGAUGUGGGUGGAGGUUAUUUCUUGCCAAGACUUCAAGGAAAACUUGGUUACUUCCUUGGAUUAACAGGAUUCAGACUAAAAGGAAGAGAUGUGUACAGAGCAGGAAUUGCUACACACUUUGUAGAUUCUGAAAAGUUUAGCAUGUUAGAGGAAGAUUUGUUAGCCUUGAAAUCUCCUUCAGAAGAAAAUAUUAUGGAUGUCUUAGAAACUUACCAUGCAGAGUCCAAGAUUGAUAAAGACAAGUCUUUUAUACUCGAGGAACACAUGGACAAAAUAAACAGUUGUUUUUCAGCCAAUACUAUGGAACAGAUUAUUGAAAACUUACGGCAGGAUGGUUCAUCUUUUGCCCUAGAGCAGUUGAAGGUAAUUAGUAAGAUGUCUCCAACCUCUCUAAAGAUCACACUAAGGCAACUCAUAGAGGGGUCUUCAAAGACCUUGCAAGAAGUAUUAACCAUGGAGUAUCGGCUAAGUCAAGCUUGUAUGGAAGGUCAUGACUUUCAUGAAGGCGUUAGAGCUGUUUUAAUUGAUAAAGACCAGAGUCCAAAGUGGAAACCAGCUAGUCUAAAAGAAGUUACUGAUGAAGAUGUGAAUAAUUACUUUAAGUCUCUAGGAAGCAGUGAUUUGAAAUUUUGAGGUGACUGGCCUUUUCCAGUUGCCACCUGGAGGUUCUUUGUUGUGCUGGUGGAGGCUCACUUGCCCUUACACCGGAUGUUCCAAAUGUUUGCCUUUCCAUUAGCUAAAAAUUCUGUCCGUCUUCUAUAUGUUUCCUUCCCUCUCAAUAGACCUUCUACUUUUUUAUUGCUCAUGAAAGACCUUAAAAAUGAAGUAAAGCCAAUAUUUCAACAUAAACAUAUAAAAGAAGGCUAAUUAUCCUAUCAAAGGUAUUCUCAUCCCUGUUGUCAUUAGGCCAGACUAUAUUGUGAUGAGAUGACUAUGAUAUGUAGUACAAAUUUGUUUGUUCAGCUUCCACCUGCCCCCAACUUGGUUUAUCCAUUAGCUCACUGAUUAUGCAAGUCUUGUAGUUCCUUGUUCAUGCACUGGCAUAUAAUGCAGCGUAUAUUUCAAAGAUAAGUCUCUUGGAGAUAUUAUACACAAGAUAUACUCUAUUAAAAUAUUAUUCAGGGGCACAGGGGUGGGUUCUCAUUGACAAAACUGUACUGCCAUAGUUGCUGAGAGAGGGUAGCAACAGGGAUUAGACUUCUUGCUAGAUAUGGGUCUGGGACGCAUCCCUGUUACACCCCUGGGAGACAAGGGCCCAGGGCAGAGAAGGAACCUGAAGUUAAAAAGUUUAGAUAUAACCAAAACCCAUUAGUCACUAUCCCUGUGUAUACUGACAAAUUUAAUGGGACAUGCUGCUUUAUGUGGCUCUGUGUCCUCACCAUAAUACUUACUAUUCCAUACACCUAAUUAUAUCUUUUAAAUAUCAAAUAACCUUGCAGCAAAUAUCCUGACAUGAGAUAUAAAAUGAAUGAAAAACCACAUCUAGGCUUUUGUCUGAGUAAACACGCAAAAACCUAAACUUCUCUUCAUGACCUGGAAAUGUUUUAUACUUAUGGGAAACUUUGUGCCCUUAGCCUGAUGAUUUCAGAUCUGUAUAUGAAGAGGAAUGUAUGUUUUUCUAUAAGUUGCUAGACUGAAAGUACAAUGGGACAGUAUGAAUCCUGGGACUAGGUAGAAUUAAAGUUGAAUGAUGAGGUGUCCAGAAGCAACUGAAAGAUGGCAUAUCACUCAUUUCAAAUAACUUUGCUUGUGUAACGUGGAGAAUUCAUUGUGAUUGUGAGUUUCAGAGUAUUGCUAAAAUUAAAGGUAGCAUUCCUACCUGCUUAUAAUGUCACAUACAUAUGUAUCUCAUUAAAAAGGUCAAACCUUUUUCUGCCUUUAGAUUUCAAUAACAAUGGUGUAUUAAUAAAAGGAUCUAACAUACACAGGCUUAAAUAAUUUCCAUUUAAACUCAAUGUGUAGCAAAUCUUGAUGAAAAGAUUAUUCUAGAAUCUCAGUCCCAAUUUUCCUGCAAGUUAUAUCUUCCCUCCUAAUUUUUUAAAUCACCUAUCAGUACUUAAUCCUUUUAAAAAGUGUGUAUGUGUGUGCGCUGCAACAGUAAAAAGAAAAAGGAAAGACUUCCCCUUCCCCCAAAGAUAGCCAGACUCAUCAAAAUAGUAUGGUAGAUGGCUAUAAAUGUCCUAUAGGCAUGUGUUACCACUAAAAAAAUAAAUACAUGAAUACUCCUUGAAAGGAGUGUUCUGUCUUGUAAUACAACUAUAAAUCCUCAUGCAUUAUCUGGGCCCAUAUUCCAGCCCUCUGCAUCUAAGGCAGUAAAACUUACUAUAUAAUUAGUACUGAU